AUGGAGUACUGGAUGGCGAGCAACGAGACCGGCCAGAACGACAGAACGGAGGCGCUCGAGGUGGUCCUUCAGGAUCCAGGAUCGGCGGUACUCUUCGUCGGUUAUCCACGAUGGCUGCUUUACUUCGCCGCCGGUUGCUGCGUGAUUUUCAUGGUUGUCGGUAUACCGGGGAACCUUUUCACCAUUAUGGCGCUAUCCCGGACCAGAAAGCUGAGAAACGCAACUGCGAUCUUCAUAAUGAAUCUAUCGAUCUCCGAUCUAAUGUUCUGCUGUUUCAAUCUACCCCUCGCCACGUCAACGUUCUGGCAUAGUUCCUGGCGUCACGGGCCGCUGUUGUGCCGAUUGUUCCCUCUGUUGCGAUACGGACUGGUCGCAGUAAGCCUGUUCACGAUCCUAGCGAUCACGAUCAAUCGUUACGUGAUGAUAGGUCAUCCCAGAUUAUAUCCCAAACUGUACAAACAGAAAUAUUUAAUACCAAUGGUCUUCAGCAUAUGGAUCGUCGCUUUUGGUGUUCUCGUCGUCACUUGGUUCGAAACAUGGGGCCGUUUCGGACUGGACACCGCCAUUGGUUCUUGCUCGAUAUUGCCGGACGUGCACGGUCGGAGCCCUAAAGAAUUUCUCUUCGUUGUUGCUUUCUUGAUUCCCUGCAUCGCGAUCGUCGUUUGUUACGCCAGGAUUUUCUACAUCGUCCGAAAAACCGCCUGUAGAAGCAGGAAAAGAAAUCUGAUUGGGAACACUAAUGCCAUGCAAGUCAACCACGAGCAACGCUCGGUGUCUCCUCGGAUGCAAGACGAGGAGCUCUCCGUGCUGGGUUCGAGUUGCGCCCCCAGCGUCGUUUGCUCGAACUUCUCGUCGAAACGGGCGACACCGCCGUCGAAUCGACUGAACUGUUCGCGAACACCAUCUAGGUCAGCGAUCGAAGAGUCCCUGUCCGAGUUACAAGCCCCGUCUAAAGAAUCGGAGGACAACGAAAAGGCCAAUGAAAUUAGAAAACUGUCGGAAGAAAAUCGUGACGACGACCAAUCGUCGCCAAUUACUGGGUAUCUACGUGUCUGUGAUAAAACGAACCUCAGUUUCGAUAUAAAAAUCGACGACAUACCGUACGUCGACGAGCGAGACGACUCUGGCGAAAUGGAUGCCGCGUUCCCGCUCAACGAUCGUGAAACGACCAAAGAGUCGACGACGAAAGGCGGUCCCACGACGGCACGAAACAAGCUCGAAAGAAUGGCCAGUAGGGCGUCGUUUAUAAUCGAGUCGUCGGCUCUCUGGGUGCAACGGUUGAACUCGAAAGUGUCCGCGGACAGCGAUCGAUUGGAGAGCGUUCGAUCGUCCACCACGCCGGAACGAUCGGUCAAAGAUGGACAAACCGUGAUCACGCGACACGGAUCGAGGUACCUCAGGAACGGACGAAAGUCGAGGAACGGAAAUGGUCUACCACCGCGGAUGAGCAACAAAGACAAGAAACUGUUGAAAAUGAUUCUGGUGAUAUUCUCGUCGUUCCUUGUUUGUUACCUACCGAUCACCGUCACGAAAACGUUCCGUAACGCGAUCGAUUGGCGGGGCCUGAACAUCGCCGGAUACGUGCUGAUCUAUCUGACCACGUGCAUAAAUCCAGUGGUAUACGUGAUCAUGAGCUCCGAGUACAGGACAGCCUACAAGGAUGUGUUGUUUUGCAGGAACGACUCGAGAACGAGGAACGGAGCGAGGAAACAUUGA